GGGGGUUGCUGGGAUUUUCCGAUCUUGAGGUGCUCCGCUGAGUUGCUGCGCGGUGAGUUUCAAAGGGCCGGGUCCUUUCCCACGGCUCACGUUCUAAGUCCUGAGUGGACUCCCCCGAAAACAGAGAGCAGUGGAACGGCUCGUGUGGAGCCCGCGGUAGAGCUGCGGGGUGGCAGAGCCCGACCCGGAGCUGCUUCUCCGCCCGGCUCCUGAGCUUGGACCAAAAGGAAGGGUGCGGGGGUGGUGGCGGGGGCGGUUAGGCUGGAGAGGAAUGAGAAAAUCGGCGUAACUGAGUGUUCCUAGUGCGGCGAGGCUGGGGAGGUUGUAACUCGCUGCUUUCCGGAACUUUGCCGGGGGCGGACUGCAGAUAGCCCAGUUAAGUUGUGUGGGCUGCGGGACGGUGCCCCGUCCAGCCCCCGCACGCUGCAGUCCGCUUAUCUCGCGUUGUGUCUGACGCAGGCUGAUGUUAACUCGGGGAGCGGUGAUCGGAAAGCAUGGGGAUCCAGGAGAACCAGCGGCCAGGUUAGCAUCCUCUGAGAGGAGCUCAGGAAGAGGAUGAGUGAUACUCAGCCCAAAAUGGAACUGUGUCCUUAUUGUAAGAAGCCAUUUAAGCGAUUAAAAUCCCAUUUGCCAUACUGUAAGAUGAUAGGACUCUCCGAACGUACUGACCAGAAAAUUGCUCAGUCAAAGCCAGCUACCCAUCUACAUGCUAAAAAAGUGAAGAGUCUGAUCAGAGACUUAACUGAACCUAAAGGGAGAGAGUUUAAGACAAAGAGUGAGGAAAAAAAUGCCAAAUUGAGACGUCACAAACCAGAACAAACAAUUGCCUCCUGUCCACAAUCAGCUGUUGGCUUGGAAAGAGCAAGUACAACAAAGGCAGAGAAGGACAUCAGGGAUCAAACCCAGUUGGCCUUCAAAAUGUUAAAAUACCCUGAACCAAUGAUUACUUUCCAAGGAGAAGCUAAAACUCAGUUUUAUGCAUCAAAUGACAAUUCUAAGAGAGGACUUGCCAAAGAUGUGCCAGUGUCAGAGGAAAAGAAGUAUGAUCUUUCAGAAACAGAGGGCUUGUUACUGGCUGGCUCAGUGGAACCUUUGUUGAAUCAAGAUAGAAAAUAUUCCUCAGCUGUAGCUGUACCUAAUAAUGUUCAAGCCAUGUCUCCAAAUUUGAAACUGGACACAGUUGACUCCCAAAGACAGGGGUUUCUAGUAAAAUGCCUAGAUAAGCCUACUGGUGAUAGCCAUCAGUCUCCAAGGAAUGUCGCCGAUAGGGCUCAGAAAGUAACAGUAGCAGUGUUGAGCAAGCAGAGGGAUUCCAGAGAUAGAGAUCGCCCCUCAGGAGUCCUCGCUGGUGUUGAGACUCAGGAAGAGAACUCAGAGUCCCCUGUGUUAGGCCUUCACGCUAGCCCACUGGCUAAAAUCCAGGUUGAGAAGAGCAAACAAAACGGCCUUGGCCUUGGAGUCGAGGGCUGUGGGAGCAAAGGAGAUGCAGAGUGUGACAGACGUGCAACAGAGAUGCGCCAGUGGGAUUCUGUCAGCCAUAACUCUAAGAACCGCAGCGCUGGUGAUUCAGCCACGGAAGAGACACUGAAAGCUGAAGGCCCACUUGUAAAUUUGUUCGCUCCACGGGAGGCAGUGUACAGUGAGCCGCCUCCUGUAUCGAAGUCACCUACUCCAAGUCUUGCCACUCUGUCUAUGAAAUCUGUGCAAGAAGCGAAAGCAGACUUCUGCAGUCAAAAUCAGGUCUCUGAUGUAAAGAUAGUAAGGGGAAGUACGGAGCAGGGGCCUACAGAGCCCAAAUCUGGCUGCCCGCCCACGGCUCUGCGGUCUGGGGGCCAGCAAGGUGCAUAUCCUGCCCAGCAUCACCUUCCUAAAAGCGCUUUUGUUGAUGAUUUUGGCGCCACAGACAGAAAGACUCUUCCCAGCGGCAUCGGGCUGGAGUGGUUUCCAGAGCUUUAUUCUGGCUACCUUGGACUAGGAGUGUUGGCGGGGAAGCCUCAGUACUGGCCUUCAGUUGCCCAGAAGCCUCAGCUCACCAGUCCUCAGUGGGGACAUCUCUCACAAGUUCCUUUGUUGGAAAGAAGUUCAGCUGAUCUAAGGAGUUUGGAGCCCCCGACCAGACUCGCACCCUCCAGCUUCCCUCUGAUGAAGCUCUUGGGAGCUGUGCACAAAGGCUGGGUCCGGUGCAACACCACCAUAAAGAAGAGCGGAGUUGGCAGCGUCACGAUGCUCUUCGCUGGAUACUUCAUGCUGUGCUGCAGCUGGAGCUUCCGGCAUCUGACACAUGCUGACAGGGGUGAGAAACAAAGCAAAGGCUGAGGGCCAGGUGGCAGAGGAGUCUGCAGAAACCCUUGCAAACAUUUCUACACGUUUUUCUACACUUGUUAAAAUGAAAUAGCACAUUGGACCGAAUGUUAAGGCACCUUACAUCUUCAUUGAGCAUAACAGUGGACACGUGGUUUGUGUUUAUCAUCUCUUCCUGAAAACGUCAGAAUCCCGCUCCAUCCCUUCCCUGGAAUGUUCCUGAAUGACAGGACUUCUUCUCAUUGGCUGGCUUGGGAUCAUGCAUUUUCUGGCCUCUUUCUCCUAUGAAAGUAUUUGUUGUCUUUCAGAUUUUUUAACUUUGGUCUUGGCCCCCCAAAGAAUAACGUGGACGCUUCCAAGAAAGCUUUGAGGAGCUUUUCCAGGUAGUGUGGGUGGACGGGAUUCUCAGAAUACAUUUCCAACAGAGCUUGGUUACGCAUCACCCUCACAGGGCACAUGUCCCAAGUGUCUCUGUCGCUCCUCCUUGUGCCUAAACACAGAGCUCACCCUCAGCCCCUGCGCCUCCUUCCGAGCCACCAGGAAAUGAUGCAUUGCUUCCUCCUGUCCUUAGAGCGCGGGAUGCUGGGUCUGCUGGCUCUGCCUUACAUAGGCCCGCUCCCCUCCCUGCUCUAAGUAGCCUUAGUGGGAGUAGCAACUGCAGCAGAUUCUCAGGGCUGAGGAAAAGGGACUCAGAAGUAUGCACCUCAGCAGGAAACUCCCUGUGCGAAGAGUCAGAGAAAAGACUACUGCAUUUACUUGGUUUAAUUUUACUGAGAAUGUUGUUGGAUAGGUACCCCAAAAUUUUUUUUUUCCCCAAAGGGCUUCCUGCCCAUUUUCUGUGAAGCACUUUUAAGUUGUGUUCGGCCUGCCCUGCCCUGACAGGAAAGAUGGAACCUCUGCUGUUUGCACUGGGUGACAUCCCCAGCACUUUUU